CGGCGGCGGGGCUGAACCCUGCCCUCUGCCCUCUGACCGCCGCGGAGGCCGCCGCUGCCUGGCAGCAUGGGGAAGGCGGAAGCGGCGGAGCCGGCCCGUCAGGCCGGGCGGCGCGGGAGCGCGGCGAGAGGCUGAGGGAGGCAGGGCGGGCGGCAGCGCCGGCACGGCCGCCCCGGCCCGGCCCGACACGGUGCGGCGUGGCGUGGCCCGGCAGCGCGGCUGACACCGCAGCGAGGAGCGGCGGCGGCGCGGCGCGGCGCGGCCCCCUCCCGGCCCGCCGCCCUGCGGCACCCAGACCGUAAGGGGCCGGGGAGGCCUGCGGGGCCGGCGGCGGCGGGGCCCUGCCCCGGGCAUGCCGCGGGGAGGCAGGGCGGCGGCGCGGGCCCCGUCCUCGGGCGAGCGGGAGCGCCGCGCCGGCGGGGAGCGCUGAGCCCGGCCCGGCGCCGGCCCGCGGGCCGCCCGCGCAGGCUUGUGGCGGGGGCGGCGGGGAAGCUCCGCGGCCGCCCGCCAGCCGGGGGAAACUGAGGCAAGGCGGCCCGAGCGGGGCUGGCGCGGGGCCUGUGGCAGCGCCAUGGGGCGGCGGGCGGGGGCCCGUGGGGCCGGGCAGCGCUAGGGGACGGUCAGUAUCUCCUCUGUCGAGAUGCGCAUGGAGAAAGCAAGCCCCUGAGGCCUCGACAGGUGCCUCCGCUGUAAGUGCCCUUACGUGAAGACUGACAGACUUUGUUUCUGUUAUUGCUGCCACCGAGUUCUUCAAAGAUGAUGUUGGCAGAGCAAGCCCAGAAGUGGUUCCCCACUCACGUGCAAGUUACGGUCCUUCAAGCCAAAGGUCUGAAGCCCAAAGGCAAAAGUGGCACCAACGAUGCUUACACGAUCAUUCAGCUGGGCAAGGAGAAGUAUUCCACCUCGGUAGCUGAGAAGACCCUGGAUCCAGUUUGGAAAGAAGAGGCCUCAUUUGAGCUCCCUGGAUUACUCAUGCAGGAGAAUCCAGAAAAAUAUGUCCUGUACCUGAUUGUCAUGCACAGGUCAUUGGUGGGGCUGGAUAAAUUUUUGGGACAGGUGGCGAUAAAUCUGAAUGAUAUAUUUGAGGACAAGCAAAGAAGGAAAACAGAGUGGUUUAACCUAGAGUCCAAACAAGGAAAGAGGACUAAAGACAGAGGAGAAAUAAAGGUCAAUAUUCAGUUUAUGAGGAAUAACAUGACAGCAAGUAUGUUUGAUUUGUCAAUGAAGGACAAAACCAAAUCCCCUUUUGCUAAACUAAAAGACAAAAUGAAGGGUCGAAAAAAUGAUGGGACGUUUUCAGAUACAUCCUCUGCAAUCAUUCCAAGCACUCGCAUACCUGAUGCAAACAUGGAGGUGUACAGCAGUGAAGUACAAAUGAUAUCAAAACCAAAAAAACCUUUCCUUUUGGGACCUCAGCGACUAUCUUCAGCUCACUCAAUGUCAGAUUUAACAGGAUCACAUGUCUCUUCAGAAAAAAUGAAAUCCAGUGCAAUUGGCUACUCUCAUCUUUUCAGGCGGCAACUGGAAUCUUUUGGUUCCGUUGAUGAAGGUGGGAGUCUAAAAUCUCCACACAGAAGGACAUUAAGUGUUGAUACUUCUAAAAUGAGCCAGCUUGACAGCACAGUUGAUGAAACUGCAUUUGAAGCACAAAAUGACCCAUUUACCAAUGUGAGUGCUUCAUUACCCCAGAAGUUUGCAACACUGCCAAGACAGAAGAAUCCAUUUGAAGAAAGCCCAGCAACAUGGGAUCAAAACAUGAGUUUUUUUUCCAAACCUGUCGAAAUCAAAAAAGAAAUUAAAAAAGAGAAAAAAGAGAAAGUUAGCCUUUUUGAAAGAGUGACUGGAAAAAAAGAUGGCAAGAGGUCAGAUAAACUUAGCAAUGGAGGAUCAGACAGUUCUACUGAUUUAAAAUCACCUAGUGCAUUUGGUGAAACUCCUCAGGAGAGUUUUGACUAUGAUUCAACUAAUCCCUUUCUGACAAACUUCAAGCCUACAAGCACGUUGCCAUCUUCAAGUUAUAAUAUGAAUACUUCUGGCAUUGAGGACCUCAGGAAAACAAUGGAUGGAAAUCCUUUUGAUGCCACUGCAGGAUACCGUAAUCUUACUUAUGAAGAGAUUUUGCAGGAGCUGGUGAAACAUAAAGAGCAACUUAAGAAGAAGGACACCCAUAUUCGUGAACUUGAGGAUUAUAUUGAUAAUCUUCUUGUACGAGUAAUGGAAGAAACGCCUAGUAUUCUCAGAGUGCCAUAUGAACCUUCUCGAAAAGCUGGCAAAUUUUCCAAAAGCUAAGAUGAUACUUGAUGGUACUAUCUGCUGAAUGUGUUAGUGGAAGGAAAUCAUACUUAAACAUUUUGACUUCUUUUCAUUCCUUUUCUGCUAAGAAAUUCCAGGAAUCAGGGGAGGAGGGGACUACAGUUUAGGUUUUUCAUUUGUUUUUUUACUCCAAAUACUAGCAGGGACUGCCAAAAGUAAUAUUCUGUUAUGUUAGCUAAAUAACUUUUUAAAUGAACAAUGAUAUAAUGUUCUAUGUUAGGUGAAGAUCUCUUUUAGGUACAGGAUAUUACUUGCAGUAGAGUAAAUAAUACACAUUAAAUAUGUCCAUGCAGUUUUAUUCGGUAGUUUAGUUUUCACCAUCUGACAGUUUCAACUGGAAUAGCCUGUGCUAUUUUGAAUGUUUUCUUGACUGAUUAUUGGUAUUAUGUAAAUUUAUUCAUUUUGGUAUUACAGCAUGCCAUCAAAAGCACUGUUUUCAAGCCAGUGUAAUAUGUUUUGCUAAAUCUCAGUGUGGCUUGUUGCAGUGGAAUGUAAUUUGUUAUAUACAUAUUAGAGGAAAACAGUGAUGCACAAUCUUUACAAAGAGUAAAUACUGUAUCCUAUACAAUAUGCUUUUUGUAUAACAAUGUAAAACAUACCAAGCCAUUUCAGUAAGGGCACAUGCUGGAAUCAGCUAUUUUACAAUUAAAUUCUGAAUUUUGUGUAUAAUGAUUGAACUUUAGUAGUGAGCUCAUAGGGUUGUUUUGAGGAUCUUUUUGUACAACGUUAUCGCAUGCCUUUUUAUAUGCUAAAGUACUUCAAACUGUCUUAAUUAUCAGAAUUAGGACUGGAGAAAACUAUGGGAUAAAGAUAUGAACGCUUUGUUCAGUCGAAGUCCAGUACAGUAAAAAUAUAGGAGAAAUGAAUAGACAGCUAAAUAGACAUGAUAAUUCUGAAAAUAUAAAAGUGAGUCAAUUUAAGCUUGAAUUUUACGUGAUAUAUGUCUGUCUUAGGUUUCCUAAAUCUUAUGACAACAAAGUAUAUGCCUUUAGAAAUAGGCUAUGUUGCUUAAACACAUCCAGAGUACUUAGAAAGGCUUAUCAUUUAAAAGAUCUGUAUUCUUUCUAAGUACUUUUAAAAGUCCAUUUUCACCAAGGUAAAUGAAAGAUGAAUAUAAUAAGAAUAUUAUUGGUUAUUUAAUAAUUGUAUAUAAGGUGACAUACGAAAAAGGUGUCUGUUAUUCAUUAACAUUUGCAAAAUAUAGUGAUGAACAUACAAUAGGAAAAUACUGUAGUAGAAGAAUCCUCACAAUAUUAACAUAAGUAGAUUUUAAUUUUAACUUCCUUCAUAGAUGUCUCAGUUGGAUUGUCCAUUGCUCUACAGUAGUAAAAAGAUACAAAAAUCUGUACAGGAGAAUAUUCUAGAUUUGGAUAUAAGAAGACUGACUUUGUCUUUUCCUUGUCCUCCUCUUUUCCUCCACGUGAUCUGUUUUUUUCUUACAUCAUCAUAUAAUGUCUGUUGCUAAAAUUCUGGUUAUUUUUUGUUGUUGUAAAAAAUCUGAAUAUAUUUAAUUUUCAUUUUCUAAAUUGCAAAGAUUAGUAAAAUCAUCUUGAAUAAUUAUGAUAUGGAAAAAUAUGUGACGAAAUCUACUAUCUGAAUGCUUUUGACAAUGUUAGUAUUCUGUGACAGCACAGAAUUAUUCUCUCUAGGAAAAAAAAUUCUGUAUACAAUUGUUCUCAAAUUUCAAUUUCUUUUAGUUUUCAUUGUGGAACAUGAUGUGGAAGAGGAUACUUGUAGUAGAACUACACCUCACCUCCCCAGCACUAUGUUCCUAAAAUUUGUGAAGUUUGAGCAUUCUCAGUCCUACAUUUGGAUCCAUUAGCAUAGGUCAUUGUGCUUAAAUGGAGCCUCAGUGAUUCCAGUCAAGCCCUGCUUAAUUGUAGUGCUUUGCAUUUAGACAUUUGUGACAAAGAGAUGGGCCCAGUUCAUAAAGUAGUCUCUCUUUUGGCAGCCUAAGGGUUUAUCAAGUUCUGUACCUCAUAAACUAUAAGAAUGUUCCUACUUAAGAUCUAAAUGACUGUAAAUUUGUUGUAAUACUUUCAAAGUGCCAAAGGUUAUGUAGUAAGUUAUGGUACAUUUACUGUUGAAAGUUAACUUUUGCACUCAAGCAGGUUUUGGUUUUCUAAUUACACGAAGAUGUAUUUCAGUUAUUCAGUAUUUCCAUAAAAGUUCUCAGUCAUUUUAGAAUGUCUGGCUGAAGCUGGUGGUUUUCUCAUAUUGUUAAUGGGGAAGUGUGCAAUUGUUUUGAAUUCUGCAGUAAUUUUAAAACUCACUGGCACAAUAUGAGACCAUCUGUAUUAUCUAUGAUCGUUAAAUCAUACACACCAAUGGGAAUUCACAAGUAAACUCACUGGAGAAUGCACUCUGAUGACUUUCAGUUGCAAGCCAACUUAUAAUUGUUGAAAUGAAACUCUACUCUGUUUAGCACCUCUGAAAUCACUUCUUUUAGAAUGUAAAUGUAGAAUAUCAAAAUAUGUAAUUGACCAGAAGCAGAUCAUUUGACAUAUUUGCAUACCAAGAAUGAUAAGCAGAUUAAAGGUAGCAAAAAGAUCAAUUUUUGUGCGUUAGUGAAGAAACUUAUUGAAGCUUUGAAUGUGCUAUCUAGUCUAUUCUUUUUAUCAGGAAAGAGGGGAGAAUGACAAAUGCAAUUUAGGAAAAGUAAAGUUACUAAAAGAUGCAGAAGGGGACAUUUAUAUUUUUAUAAAGUUCGUAUAGCUAAAGGUACAAGUUACUUUUGGAGAAAUUCCUGAAAGAUAUUAAAUGUACAUCAUUUUCUGUUUAGAAAGAAGUUUUGAAAAGCAUCGUCACACUAUGUGUAUUUUUAUAAACCAUGUAGCUUUCAAAUGAAAACAUUUCAUACAGUGUAAUUUAUAAGUUGAAAACAAAGAAACUGCUGUUUCUCCCUUAGUAUAAAAUUGUAAGCUUUCUUUCAGAUCAUUUUAAAACUGUAAUAACUUACCACUUAUGAUCAAUCUUUCUUGUACUUUUAAAAUUUAUGGAAGAAAAUCUUGGACAUCUCCACAUCAUUUUGAUCUUUUCUCUCAAAAUUAGCAUGAAAGUUCAUCCAUAUAAACUUUGAAAUAGCUCUGCUCAUAGCGAUGUACUUUACUUACUUGAAAGAACAAAGAUCAAGGCCAUAUUUUAGAGUUGUGUAAAUAACAAAUUAAAACUUCCUGCCAUUCAAAAAGGAUGAUUGAGAUAAAUAUAUAUAUAUAUAUAGCUAUAGAUAUAAAAAAACCUCUUGCUGCUGUGUUUUAUGUUUAGCUUGGUUUUCCACCUAUUAAUGAAUGUAGCAUUCUCCAUAGAUUAUACAUAACUACAUUCAUUGCUGUUGGCUCUUUCUCAAGAACUGUUUGUAAUUUUCCAGCUGUGAAAAUGUUGCCUUGCAUUUAGAAAGGUUUCAUGAUUUAGGGACCUAAUGAAACUCAAGCUCAUUAGGUACUAGUUUGCAUUUCAUUCUGUACAGGAUGCCCUUUCUUAGAUGCAUCUUCAAACAAACAGAAUUGCUGUCUUAAUAUGUUUACUGCUGCACUGGAGGUUUAUUUACACUUCCAGCUUUAAGAAAAUUAUUGCCCUACAUCAAGUUUGUAAAGUAGACUCAUGCUUUUUUGCUGUUUAUGUAUCCAUUAUUGUUGUAGAUAUGAUAGAGGUGUUAGCUGUGUGUUUUUUAAAUGGUGAUAUUUAAAGCAUGUUGACUAACUUCCACUCUUUGAAGUAAAUGGUGAAGGGUUAUAGUGCUGCUGUGCUCAUGAUGCUAGAUUUAAGGGUCUGUCAUCACUUUCAUUUUGAAACCCUAUUUUCAGGGAUUUAUAACUUCUAAAUCUAGACACAGUCACUGGAAGUAUUUAAUAUGCAAUAGGUAGCACUUUAAUCUGUUUAUGAAGGGUUUAGAGAUUCAUUUCUGUUGAAAAAGGCAUGGUCUCCUAGAGGAUAUUUGGCAUUUGCUUUAUCUUUCAUAAUUUGUACAUUGAAGAAUCCACUCUGUUACAAAUGGUAGAGCCAUUCCUAUUCAUCUUAGAAGCUUCCAGAUGUCUUGUAUUACAAUGUACUAUAAAAAGCUGAAGAUCCAGGUUAUAAAGGAAGUCUGUAAAAGAUGUGAACUUAGAAUUUAAGGGUUGAUUUUUGUCUUGUGCAAUCAGUGGUAGUUUGUAUACAUUUAAUAAUGGUACAGAAUCACAGCUAUAUACACAUGUGACAACUAUAAACUUAUAAUGCAUGAAAAGCCGUAAUUUUGUUUCAUUAAUGCAACUUCAGCUCCUUUAAGUUGAUUAAAAUGUUAUCUUAAUAUUUUAAUUUCUGACCAUUAAAUAAAUAUUGCAUGUUUAACACUAAUAAAGCACCACAAUGCACUACCACAA